AUGUCCGGACAGGCCCCUUUUGGAAACAAUUGGCAGCAGGACGGAUGGGAAUGGUCUCAGCCAGGGGCUGCCAACCAGUGGGAAUAUCCCAACCAGCAAUAUGAUAACCAGCAACAACCACCUAGUGUUCAACAGCCUACUGCUUACUACAGGUCAGAAGAUAUGGUUUUGGAUGCUGAUCAACUAACUUUCCAACAAGACAAUUACGAACAGAAUGCUGCCACGCAAAAUUUCCAAGAGCAAUAUGCAGCAAAAAUGUCAUUUUUCUAUGAUCAGCCCCAGGGAUACAUGCAACCUGCAGAGAAUUUGAAACCUCCCCCUUCUGGUUCCAAUGUACACUCAACAAAUUUUGAUGAUGAACCACCUCUUUUAGAAGAACUUGGUAUAUUUCCAGAACAAAUAGCAGAGAGAGUGCUAGUUGUGUUGGACCCCUUUCAUUCAUCAGUCCCUCUGGGUGAAUAUGAUUUAGGAGGGCCUCUGGUGUUUUGUUUGAUUUUAGGUGUUACAAUGCUUAUUUCAGUUGUUGCUGGAAGGGACUACAGCAAUAUCACCGAACAGGUCCUGCUGGUGUGCACAGCUCACAUCCACUGGGAUCCGGAGUUCUGUGAUGUGAAACUAAUUCAAGUGAUGAUGCUUUCUCAUGCAUUAAAGGGGGUCCUUGAGGAAGCUUCGGUUCACCUUCGCCCAAAUAACUCACCCGUCCAGCUCCUUCUCUGUGGUGAUUUCAACUCUUUACCGGACUCAGGCGUUAUCGAGUUUCUUUCUUCGGGCAGAGUGCUAUCAGAUCACCAGGACUUCAAGGACCUACCAUAUAAGUCCGUCCUUCAAAAGAUCUCGGGCUGCGACAAGCCCAACGAGUUCACACAUUCCUUUAAACUUGCAUCAGCAUAUUCAGAAGAUAUUAUGCCUUAUACUAACUAUACGCCUCGAGCCCGAUCGGUGCUGUGUGCUUCUACACAGUCCCAAUCUGGCUCACGUGAAGCAAUUUAG